AUGCACUCAUACAUGGUUUCAGCUGAGAAAAGAGGUGGUGCAUGGAUGGAUGAAGUUGUUGCAAGAAGUCGUGUACUAUCAGGUGACAAAAACUCUGCUAGGUUACCAAUUUCCCAUAUGGUUUGCAACCAAAUGCCACCUGUUGGAGACAAGCCAAGCCUUAUGACAUUUCGUGAGUCGGAUCUUCUUCCAACCAAACACGUGACUGAUUCUAAUUCUUCUUCAAUUCCAGUUCCUACCAAAACAUUGCUACUGUUGAAUACAAGGAUGAUCCUGGUACAUGGCCAAUAAUGAUCUUUA